AUGAAGAGCCAGCAAAGCAUGUCAUCCUCUACCUUACCAUUAACCAUUUUGACAUUGGCCUUUCUCUCCUUUUCCAUUUGUGUCAAUGCUCAAUCCUGUAGUCAUGAGUUUGCUGAACUUGCCCAAGAAAAAAACAUCUCAGGCUGCAAGAGAUUACGCACUUUGGAUGCUGAUUUCGGUUGGAACUGGAACUACCAUAAUGACACUAACUCCAGCACCAUACACAUUGAAAUCUUGUUUGGUGUCAAGCUUAAUGCCCCACAAGGAUGGAUAGCAUGGGGGGUGAAUCCAGGGAAAAGGGCCGAAAUGAUUGGAACAAAAGCUCUCAUAGCCAUUAAACAAUCAGAUGGAACAUUGAAAGUAGACACAUACAACAUUACCAAGGAAACCAGAAGUGGUUGUCGACUUCUGCCAUCACAUAAUAUUGGAUUGCGAGUGUCUAAUAUGUCAGUGAAUAAUAUGGGGUCUAUCUUGUACAUAUAUGCUAGAUUGAUUCUCCCUUCUGAAGAGUAUAACAUUACAAGGCUGAACCAUGUGUGGCAAGUAGGGUACGAAUUGGUAGAAGACCAACCCUUGAACCAUCCAACCUCUCUUGACAAUGUCGAUAGCACAGAGACCAUAGACUUGACUACUAGCGAUGGUCGCAGCACUAAACAGAACCGGAGUUUCCUUAGAUCGGUACAUGGAGUUCUAAACAUUAUCGGGUGGGGAACACUGUUACCAAUUGGAGUAAUAAUCGCGAGGUACUUUCGAGUGUUUCCUGUGAAAUGGGAUCCAACGUGGUUUUACCUGCACAUUGGUUGCCAGUUAACUGGUUUUCUCAUUGGCACCGUUGGGUGGGCUAUUGGACUAAGCCUUGGACAUGCUUCAACGUACUACACCUUCCACACUCAUAGAGCCUUUGGCAUUAUCAUUUUCACAUUUAGCACAAUCCAAAUGCUGGCUUUUCGGUUAAAGCCGAAGGAAACGGAUGAUUACCGCAAAUAUUGGAAUAUGUACCAUCAUUUUCUUGGUUAUGGGCUGCUGGCAAUAAUAUUUUUAAACAUAUUCAAAGGAAUUUCCAUUUUAAAAGGGGGAAAGGGAUGGAGGUGGACUUACAUUGGAAUUCUAGCAUUUUUGGGUGCCAUCGUUUUUACUUUGGAGAUUUUCACAUGGGUUCGCUUCUUCGUCCUGAAACCGAAGCAGAGCAAGCCAAAAAAAGAUAAUCCCAAAUGACGAAAACAAACCAAAGGCAUCAUAACCCAAAUAGAUGAGCAAUGCAAGGCCGCGAAAAUAUUGCUUGAAUAAUGGUUUUUUUUUUAUAUAUUUAUAUUUCG